AUGGAUGUCGAAUAUAAUGUGUUUUUUUUUUCCAUCCGCGGUGUUUAUGGAAACAUGUACCUAACAUUCAUAUUCAACAGCUUCCGGAACGUGUGCGCUUGGAUAUGCUUUUCUUUAAUUUAUUCUUAUGCAGUUUGGGAUCAGACUUCCAUCCGUUGCGAUUUCAAUCAUAAAAAAAACGGUGCUGUUAAUAGAUUUAGAAAUAAUAGUACCUAUUAA